GGACGUCAAACCAGGAAGGAGGAGUCCUCAUAGUCCCAGACGAGGGAAGAGAUGUAAGUAGCUUUCCACCCACCGAUAAUUCCAGGCCUCGACCUGUGUAGCUACUACAGUAGCUAGGGUUGAUCAAAGAUGAAAGCUACCACGUGAAAAUACUCCAAACAUGUGCCACUGAGCAGAAGGAAGAGUCCUGAAAGCUCCAGGAGCAGGAGAGGAAAGAGAAGUGUUCCUCUCACUCCCUCCAAUGUGAUGAGAGAAGUGAGGGAGGUGGGGGAUUGGUGGGGGGAGAGGGGACUGGGAUACUGUCUCUACAUACCUCCCUCAAUGAGAAAGGAGAUUAGACAGAAGUUCCCAGAUGAGAUGGAGCAGAAGAAACAGCUGAUUUCACACUGGAUUAACACCUACCCACUGGCAAGCUGGAGGAGACUCAUUGGGGCACUAGAUGAAAUGGAAGAAACCAAGAUGGCUGACUCCAUAAGAUCCUAUGCUGAACCUCUCACUGAUGACAGUCUCACUCCACACACACUGCUACCUGCUGUGUCCUCUGUGAGACAGUUCUGGAGGGGAGAUGAUGAGUUAGGGCUGCUGGAGGUGCUUGGUGUCCCCCAGUCAGUGAUGGAUGAUAUCAGGGCAAGUCCAUCACACCCAACUGAGGAGGAGAAAAGGAUUGCAGGUCUACAGUACUACCUCCAGACUGUACCUGGUGCAUCAUGGGAGGAGAUAGCUGGAGUAUUAUGGUACCUGGAGGAGCACACAGCCCUGGAGGAAGUCAGACAACAUCUACCACCU